UCUCUUUUUUCGUCCUUCUUUCAAACUGAAAGAAGGAAUUUUUUUUCGAAAACAAAGCAAGACGCAGACACUCGUAACUUUUUGUUAGACCUAAACUUUGUUGUUUUUCUUUUAAACAAUAACUGCACAAUGAAUCCCAUAAUGGUUUGCGUUCUUGCCUUUUCAGUAUCUGUUGCAUUUGCAGCUCCCAGGAAUCUGUUUAGACCAAAUACGGUACAUGACCAAAGAGCGACAACCAUCAGCCGACAACAGGAAAUCAACCAACAGCGUACUCGCGUGCAACAAUUACUAACGCGCAUGCGCAAUCCAGCUCAAUUCCAUAGCGUCCGUAAAGCUCCCAGUCCAAUGAAAAAAAUCCAGAUCGACCCCCACAGUAGGACAGUGUCAAUUCAGACUCACGGACAGCCAAACAUUGUACUAAAGAGCCAGCGAGGCCUAAAGCUAAGGAUCCCAGGAAAAGGGGGACAACCUACUAAAGUUAUCAAUGUUUUGUUCAAGAAUAGCCCCUCAACACAGAUCGCCAGUACGCCUGUUUUCCAGCCACAGAAUCCCCAGCCCAUCCGAACGCCACCUACCCCUAGGUCGUCCAGCUCGGUGGGGAAUGCUCUGAAUACAGAUAACCAUCCUUCAAAUACACAGUAUGUACUUCUCAACCGACAGGGAGUAGCGCAACACACAGGAAGUGGGACUGGACAUCAAAUCCGUUUCCUUGGAGACGCACGAGCUACUCUUGAAUAUUUGAUACGUCAGAAGCUUCUCUCAACCCUCUCCCAGACGACUUCUAGUUCAACAGUACAAAACCAUGUGACUAGUUUUGCAACAAGGGAAACAUCUAACGUUAACAACGACUCACAGAUCUCCCAGGCAGUCCCUGCCGAGUCCUCAACUGUUCCGACUCAACCAAGUACAACUUAUUUUCCAUAUGAUUACGAAACCGAGGAACCCGAAUAUGCGUAAAAUUUCCUGUCAAUGAUAUAUUUCUCGUUUUACUUUUGAUUGCUUUAAUAUACCUUCGGGAGUUUUAUGUAUUUAUUAUUAUUUUUUUGGAUGGGGGGAGGGGGAGGGGGUAAUUGACAUUUUUAACUUCUUUUUCUUUUUUCGAAAUGAAAUUCAUCAGAAACGAAAAUCCUUAAAAAGCAAAUCAGGGUAUGCUAAAUAUUUCAACUGGAUAAAUUGUAUCGUGGUUUUAACACAUUGCGUCAAGAUAUUGUAUUAUACACCACAAAAGUAUGUUGUCGAGCAAAUCCAAUUUGUCGUUUUUUUGUUCAUUUACUAUGCACGCUGGUCGUGAACAUGUGAUGCUAUUUUUAAUAAAAUUAGUAUUAUAAAAACAUCAUCAUUGUGUUGUCUUGAUUCAUGUAUGUGUGUGCUAUGGAUUGCCAUGCAUUUACUUUCAGCUGCACAUGUGCGUUUGAA